AUGAGAAGAAAACAACAAGUAAUCGUCCCGAGUUACCUGGGGAGCAUUGAGGAACCUGGAGACGCUGGUGAUGAUAAUCCCGAGAUGAAGAUUUUUGGCGCCUCUCGGUUUUUCACAACUCGUGAGAACACGAUCAGCGGCACUAUUGGCACCGCACCUCGCUCUCAACCAACCCUCUGUGCGGAGAAGUCUACCCUGCUGAUCCUGGGUCAAGGAGAUAGAGCCGGAGGGUGA